AUGGUGUUCCCGGCCCAGCAGCUCUCCGCCACCUCGUCGCUGAUCCAUGGGCCUCCUCCCGCCGGUAGCCAGAAGACCGCAUCAUCCGGUCCUAGUACGACGGUCGCUGAGUGUCAACCGAUCGAUAGGCCUGGGGGUAACCCGGCUCCACAAAGCACUGGAGAGCACCGCGCUCCGUUCCAGUUUACACAUAGACCUCAACACCCUCGCGAGAAACAGCAGAGCCGUUAUCUCGACACUGUCUCCUUAGACCCGCAUAGACUCCGACCGCGACACAAGCAUAAACACACCAAAUCCCGGGACGGCAUCCUACCACGGAGAAUGAAUCAAUUUGCGUCGAGCACAGGCGCGAGGGGAUUAUUGCAGACGUGGUCCGGUGGACGGGAGAAGGACACCGAAGCCGACAAUGCUCUGCUUCGGCCGAUGACCCGUGAAACAACUCGGUCGGGCUGGGGGUCGGACUCCACGGCGUUUGGUGCUGGCAGCAGAAACAGCAGCUUAUUCGAUGAGAUUGACAAUGGCCGUCACAUUGCUUCAGUCAAGCGACAGGACAUACAAUCAAUGGGGGACUUGGAGCAGGUGAGAGAUCGGCGGAAACAAGGUGAAGAAUAUCUACGGACUGCCUUGUCGUUGAUUGGAACCCUUGCGACUGAUAUCACCCGUCGGCUGGAUUAUACGUACUACAACUUGCUUGAGAAGAUUGCGGCUUUGAAUGCAACCGUCGCUUCAUUCCAAGAAUUGUCCAAUUCCACAUCGACUCUGUUCAAUGACUUUGAAAGAGAAACGACCAAUCUGGAACAUGAGGUCCGCAAGCAGUUUGGGGAGUUGAAUGAGUUCCAGCCGCAGAUACAAAGGAUAGAGUCGUUGGAGGAGCGCAUGCGAGUCGGUCGGGUGAAGGCCGAGGCCCUCAACGCGAAGCUCGAAGAAAUGCGGGACGAAGUACAUCGCUGGGAAGAGAAAGAGGUAGAGUGGCAGACGCGAGUCACGAAACGCCUUCGCAUUAUCUGGGGGCUGGUUCUAUCAGGCGUGCUCGCGUUCAUGAUAGCAUGUAUCAUUCAGAUCUGGCCGACUGCGGUGUCCCAGGGGACCAACAUGUCGCCGCUGGCAGAGGUGCUAACUAAUCAUUCCACGUCUCUACUUUGGCAAGCGCAAGGGCAAAAUAUCGCGAAGCCUAUAUUGUUAGGCGAGGAUACCAGACAGGAAAGUGAUUAUCUGUCUCUCCACCCAUCCCGUCUUGCACCGCACCAGAGCAGUCACCAAGUCAGUGUGUCAAAUAAGGCUGCCUCGUCGACCGAUUCAGACCAGAGUGCGGAGACAAUUGACUCAAGCUUCUCGAGAAUUCUUGAUGAACUCUGA